ACUUCCUGAGCCUGCCAGAUUGCGGCCGGUGCUCGAGCUUCUUCCUCUCCUCCCUCCUUCCCUCUCUCUCUCCUGUCACGAUGGCGUCGGUGGUGGACACAAAGCUUUACGAUAUCCUCGGAGUCAGCUCCGGAGCCACGGAGAACGAACUCAAGAAGGCAUAUCGCAAAUUGGCUAAGGAAUACCAUCCAGAUAAAAAUCCAAAUGCUGGCGACAAGUUUAAAGAAAUAAGUUUUGCAUAUGAAGUUUUAUCAAAUCCAGAGAAGCGUGAACUUUAUGAUCGAUAUGGUGAGCAAGGCCUGCGAGAAAGCGGUGGCGUUGGAAGUGGGAUGGAUGAUAUCUUCUCUCAUAUCUUUGGUGGGGGUCUUUUUGGAUUCAUGGGUGGUCAGAGCAGAAACCGUAACAGUAGACGAAGAGGAGAAGAUAUGGUGCAUCCUCUUAAGGUCUCUUUAGAAGACUUGUAUAAUGCAAAGACAACUAAGCUGCAACUAAGCAAAAAUGUCCUGUGUAGUGCAUGUAAUGGCCAGGGUGGAAAGGCAGGAGCUGUUCAGAAGUGCAGUGCUUGCAGGGGACGAGGUAUAAGGAUUAUGAUUAGGCAGUUGGCACCAGGAAUGGUUCAACAGAUGCAAUCUGUGUGUUCUGAUUGUAAUGGAGAGGGUGAAGUUAUUAAUGAAAAAGAUCGAUGCAAGAAAUGUGAAGGAAAGAAGGUGGUGAAAGAAGUGAAGAUUCUAGAAGUUCACAUAGAUAAAGGCAUGAAGCAUGGGCAACGUAUUACAUUCAGUGGAGAAGCAGACCAAUCUCCUGGUGUGGAACCUGGUGAUAUUAUCCUUGUACUACAAGAAAAGGAUCAUGAGGUGUUUCAAAGAGAGGGAAAUGAUUUGCACAUGACCCACAAAAUUGGUCUUGUUGAGGCACUUUGUGGCUUUCAGUUCACAUUCCAACAUUUGGAUGGACGGCAGAUUGUUGUGAAAUAUCCUCCGGGAAAAGUUAUUGAACCAGGUUGUGUUCGUGUUGUUAAAGGUGAAGGAAUGCCACAGUAUCGUAAUCCAUUUGAAAAAGGCAACUUGUAUAUCAAGUUUGAUGUUCAGUUCCCUGAAAAUAAUUGGAUAAGCCCUGAAAAAAUAGCUGAACUAGAAGAUCUGCUCCCUGCCCGGCCUGAUGUUCCUGAUGUGAUUGGUGACAUUGAGGAAGUUGAUCUGCAAGAAUUCGAUAGCACCCGUGGCUCUGCAGGAGGACACCGACGGGAAGCGUACAAUGAUAGUUCUGAUGAUGAAAGUGGCCACCACACUGGCCCUGGUGUACAGUGUGCCCAUCAGUAAACUUUGGUAAAACACACUUGCAAACUAUGUUCUGUUCAGUUUUGGAUAUUUUCAGAUUUCAUCUGGUUUUGUUAAGAGCCAAACUGGACUUUAUGUCACAACUCGAUCCAGAGGAACUCUGAUGGACAUCUCUUUGCUGUAUAUGUAACUUUUAAUUAUAUUUACCGAAUGUAUAAUUUAAAGUAAACUAACCAUGGCACAGUGUGAGGUGCUCAAUUCUUUGAGACCUAUGCAGGGGAGCAGCUGGUGAGAAUUAAACUGGUAUCUCAAA